GCUGCUGCAAAGGCCAAAGUCGCGAACAAGCUUCAGCAACGCUGGCGGGAGAGGAAGGAGCAGCGGGAGAAGGCACGUCUCGCCGCGAGGAAUCAAAACCGCUGGGCGACUCUGACUGAGGCGCAAUUAGUUGCCGCAGGGAAAAGCGCACUUGAUAAAGAACGGGAACAGAUUGCGAGGACCACUGAGAUUCAGAACCGGUGGGAGGAGAUGGCAGCCGCUGCACUGGAGCGAGCCAAGGAAAAAGAAGCGGAAGACAGUGCUGCGCUGGCAAUUCCUGCAGUUUCUCCUCCAAAACCUGCGGCAGGUGUAGGCGCGGCUCUCAGCAACAUCGCCCAAAAUAUAAAUAAUCCUUUUGGAGGCCAGAAGGCCGUGAACAGAGAGCCGAAUCGCGAUCCUUUUUGUCAAAAAUCGCCUUAUGGAGCCCUUGCUGCGUUUGAGGAAUGGUUGCACAGCGGAAUUAGAGACCACGGCGCUAUGAACUCAAAUGGUGAAUUUGAUGACAACAUUCUUUACAAUCUUCUUUCCAGCAAGGACGUCUUCCGACAGGAUCCCAAUACUUUGCGGCAGCAUCAAGACGCACUCGUAAGAGAAUUCGCCACUCUCAGGCUCGCAACGGAGUGGUUCGCCCGCUGUGUCGCGGCGAAGCCGAAGUCUGCUGCUUCAUCCCUCUUGGACCGCCUGUCUGUAUUAUCCCCCGACAACACACGAGGACACCAGCGGAUGAAAAAUAACAGCGACGGUGCUCCCCCUGGAGGUGUGCCGUCCACGUCCUCUGAAUCGAGUCGCCACCGUUCGGUUGUGGCCACAAGCGCAGUGCGGGCUCUGGCCAAAUUUCUUCGCCCGGACUGGUGGAUGGCACGAAAGACCGCGUUUCUGACGGAGGAACAGGCAAAAGAUGAGGACGUCAGCCAAAUGACUCAGGAGGAGGCCGAUAUGCGUGGGCUGCUCGAGUACCGCAUAGUGCGCGAACUGCAUAAAAAGAUGCUGGUGACGUCGACGUCAGCGACAGCCUCGAGUACUACUGCUACGAGCUCUACUGAAGGCGCCGCUGCUGGUGCAAGUCAGAAAGAGCCCGAGAAGAUACAGUUGCUGCCGGAAUACUGGAGCUUGGACGACGAGAAAUCUAGAAUGCAACAGGAGACAGACCUGAUCGAAAUCUUCGAAAACGUUCUUCGCAGCGAUUUUGCCACAGCAGACGCGCAAGCGGAAUCAGAGAUUUUUGCUCGUGCAGCUUCACGAGGACCAGCGGCUCCUGUUCCAGAUGAUAGUCAGACGGAUACAGGAGUAUCAGGACCUGCGACCGUGAGGUGCGCGUUCUCCCGAGGUACGGCCGUAAGACAAGUCAGGGCGGUAAUUAUGAUAGGCCACAACUCGUCCUCCACCUCCUCCUCCUCGUGUGAAAUAAAACACGGACAGCAACAGAGAAGACGAGGGCUGUAGUGAUUUUUCCAUAAUUAAACAACAACAAGAGAUCAUGUUGACCACCAUGGUGAUUUGCAUUUAAUAAACAAGAAAUCUUGGACUUGGUACUACACCUAUUUGGACAGUUGUAGUAGUUGUACCUACUGCGCUGUUUACUAGUAGUACAACCACUUGAAGAAUGUAGUAGUUGUAGCUUCUCGCAAUUAGGAAUUGAAGUCACUAGAACUAGCAGCUCAGCGUCUACAAGCACGUAGCUGCAAGUGCGUUUUUCCAUGACGCCAGGAGAUCGGGAGGGGGACGCGUUGUGCACUCGGAUAGUAUUGGUUGCGGAUCUACUCGAGAAUUUUAUGCUGAUGGAAGAACAUCGGCAGGUCGAACAGACAACUGGAAAGCAGGCUGUACGACCAUCGGACAGCGGUGAGGUGGAGCAGCAACAGCAAGAGCCUCCAGUUACUGCUGCUGCUGGUGGAACAAGCGUGGGACCGGAACAACAAACUCGAACUACAGGCACGACUGCUGCUGGCUUGUCAGAACAAGUCUCCGCUGGGUGGAUCCGGGGGGCGGCAGCCAAGAUAGGUUUCCUUGGUGCAGCAAUGAAUAAAAUACGUCGACAAGGUGCAGGCCCGCAGGCGAUCGAAAACCAACCGGAAGGAGAGACCGGAGUAAAGCAGCCGAAAAUAUUCAGCCGUGUGGUAGUUGGCCGUUACCCUGCACUGAAGGUCGUGAUAACCAAGAAACGCCUGGUCAACGCGCAGCAGUUCGCGUGGAGGGCGUUUGGGUGGCAAACAGUGAGCAUAUCGGAACACAAUGACGAACUCGGUGUCUUGGGGGACAUGUAUUUCAAAACCUUCGGGGUCGGGGAGGCACAACUACGUGGGAGUCAAGAAAUAACGCGGUUGCUCAAGAAAGCGUUAAUGUUGAAGCCGGACGAGAACCCGGAGCAGGAGGUGGACGUCGACUGGUAUGACGCACCACACCUGAACGGACGUAACAAAGGAUGGGAGGGCGUAUCGCUUGAAGACCGCCUGCUCGAGCAGAUCCAUACUGUGCUGAGAGACUUUUCCUACAGGGGCCUGACCGAAGGCGAGCUUCAGACGCUGCAAUGGGCGUCCUGGGCCAGACGCCCCGGUAGAAUCGUCCGUAAAAUAAACCUCUUGCCCCUUGCAGCUGCCGGAGAAGGAGAUGAUGACGUUGACGGCCAUGAUAACACUAGUUCGAGUGGCGCGCCGCCACAACAACCGGCCGAGGAGACACCGGGGGCUUCGUCAAGUUCUGCGAGCGGGUCGUCCGACGCAAUAGCAAGUGCAGCGCAAGAAGAAGCGACUCGCGAUUCGUCGGAAGAUGCUACGCGCCUCGAAGGAGGAGCAUCAGGAGCAGGCGAGGAUGCUGGAGGUUUAUUAAAAUCUAGCACCGCUACUGAUCAUCGAAUUGGCGAUGAAGACGAGGAAGGUGGUGCGCCGGUACGACGCGGCAUGACAGCGCCAGUACAGGAACCGGCGGCGGUUGAAUCGACAGGAAAUCAUGACUGGACUGAUUUUUGGGGUGGACCGGAGGAUCACGAUGAGGAAGCUUCUAUUGUUGAUGAAGAGGAGCCACAGGUAGACAAUACUGCAAAUGGGUCUUUGUCAUCAGCAUCCCCGCCGGGGCAGGCGGCCGCACAACGAGAGCAGGGUGAAGAUGAUGAUAUUGCGGCGGAACUUGCAGAGAAACUGGCCAGAUGGGAAGCCCAACAACAGGCAGAAAGUCUUGCCAUUGACGCGGAACUUGCGAGGCAGCUAGCCAGCCUGCCCAAGGAACCGGAUAGUCCAGGUGCGGACGGCAGUGCGGGAAGCGGGCAUGAUGAUGCAACCGUACGACCUGCAGCCGCAUCUUCCUCUUCUGGCGCGACACCACUGCCUGCCGCCGCGCGCGGUGCCGCUAGUACACCGGUUGCGGUUGAUGACGUCGCAAGGCCUGUAGGAGAACUACAGCCGGGGAUCAUCACGACCCCGCCGUCCUCUCCGACGCCGUCUCCGUCUUCUGAAGAAGAAAAAACAAAGCAGGGUGACCACAAAAAACCCCCUUCGCCGCGGCGGCCUAACCCCUUGGACAAGGCGUUGCGGCGACAGAACCUCGCCGCGGGGGCAUCUCCAGGCGGAGAGGCUUCCAGCAAUUCAGCUUCCUCUUCGUCCUCGCAGGAUGCCGCGAUCUGGUCCCCGCAAGCAAGACCAACAAGGCCACGGGGGGUGCCAGGCGUGCCGUUUCUCCAGCAGUUGAAAAAAACGCGACCAGUAAAGACAAAGAAGAAGAAAAAAUAAAAUUUUUUAUCCCAGCCGGAGUUGUAACUGCUUGAAAAAAAGCAUGAGCAUCUUGAUGGUGUACCAAGAUGAGUAGGUUUUUUAUUGAGGAAUCCUCAUCUUGUGUAAGUAUAACAAAAAUAGUACAUCAUCAGUGCUGCUCGUUGUUUGAACGCGUUUUCUUUCGGACGGCGACAUGAGCCAUUCAUUCUUGAUGCAGAGUCUCUGGACGAUGGUCCUGGAGCUGCCCGCACGUAUAGUCAUCCUCAGCUGAAAGUGAAACGAACCAAAACCGCUGCUAGACAUCCUUGUAGUUCAUUUUCGAUGGCGGUUCUUUCGCUCUUCCACCAGCGAAGCUCCAAAAAAGCGACAGUCGUAGCUUUCUAUUUUUUCCAUUGUACGAUAAAGAUAAUUAUUUUCGGCGUGAGGCGAUGCGUUCUUCGUCACAUACUAAUUUAUGAUUUCGCUAUACAAUUUUUCCGCGCUUCUAUACGGCGAGGUUACAUGAAGAUCUAUCAGAGAGACUGUAUGAUUUUUCGUAGCUGCCUAGUAUCUAAUGCCAAAAUUAUUAGAACGAAAGGCAGUGCUUGUGCCAUACAAUCAUGAAUGAUUUUCGAACAUUUCUCGUCCCUCCUGGAUGUAGUAUUUUGUUAUUGCACAUCCACAAGCACAUGCACAAUGAGUCGUGGUUUGUAUAAUCUAAAUGCCGUUGUAUUGCUUCAACUACAUCAGAAACUCUGCAACAAAUUCUGGAACUACUAAGCCUGAUGCAUAGAUACGAAGAACAACCGCCCAGCCGAAGUC